AUUGCACACUUCAGUCUCUUAUUACUCGGAGGCAUUCAAUCUUUGUGCAGACUUUUGCAGUCUCUACGAAGAAAAUGCAGACUAGUAACGAUGACUGCAACGUGACGAAAACAAGACAAUGUUUAUUGGGAGUCAAGUUAGUUAACGUCACAAUAUGAUGACGUCACAAUGGGUUAUAGACACUCCGUAAUCUGGCGCCAUUGUUGCUAGAUGGACUGGAAUGCAGUUUUUUGGUAUGACUUCAAAUAAUUUAUUUUUGACUGAUGAGGAAGUAGAACUAAAGAAAAGGGGGUACAGUCUCGGAACUCUUGUCGGGGAAGGUUCUUACGCAAAGGUGAAAUGUGCGUACUCUGACAAAAAUAAGAAAAGAGUAGCAAUAAAAGUAAUAAACAGAAAGAGAGCUCCUAAAGACUUCCGAGACAAAUUUUUACCCCGAGAACUUGAAAUCCAUACCACACUGGAGCAUCCAAAUAUUGUCAAAUGCAUCGAGUUGAUGGAAUUUCAUAAUAAGGUUUAUAUUGUAAUGGAGUACGCUGGACACGGCGAUUUGUUGGAUUACAUCAGGUUGGGCGGGGCGAUAGCGGAACCCAAGGCAAAAGUCAUGUUCAGACAGAUCUGCUCCGCUAUGAAGUAUCUCCACCAAAAUUGUAUUGUCCACCGAGAUAUGAAGUGUGAGAACCUACUGCUGGAUACUUUUAAUAAUGUAAAGAUCUCUGAUUUUGGAUUCUCCCGGAAGAUCAAUUCUGGGGACAUCUGCAAAACUUUCUGUGGUAGUGCUGCUUACGCCGCCCCCGAAAUUCUACAGGGAAUCCCGUACCACGGCCCAGUCCACGAUAUCUGGAGCAUCGGAGUGGUCCUGUAUAUCAUGGUAUGCGCCACAAUGCCAUUCGACGAUAGCAACAUUAAGAAAAUGAUCAAGGAACAACUGGAUGGAAAAGUACGGUUUUCAAAAUCCAAGAAGUUAACAGCAGAGUGCAAGGAUCUCAUACACCAGAUCUUGGAAGUGAAUGUGAAGAGACGAGCCACUAUCGCCACCGUGUUGGACCACCCCUGGAUGGCGGUGAAAGAGACCGAGUCCGAUAAAGCGCUACACAGAGCAAGAGACAGGGAAGUCAAAAUGAUGGCGGCGUCAGAAGCCCUCAAGUCCAAACUAGCCAAUAUGCCAAAUGUUAAAAACUGAUGUAGCUUUUCUAAUUAUCGCUUAUUGAUAUUAGAUUCUAAUUACGGCAAAUGAUAUCAAAAAUUUUUACAAUGUGAAUAUUUUAUUUAUCACAGACAUUGUUAACAAUAAACACAAAAACACUGUAAGUGUCAGUUUCAACAACAAUAUAAA